CACCAAUCUUGUUUGCCUCUGCAGAGUCUCAGCCUGCCACCUGGAAGAUGCCGAGAUCAUGCUACAGCCGCUCGGGGGCCCUGCUGCUGGCCUUGCUACUUCAGGCCUCCAUAGAAGUGCGUGGCUGGUGCCUGGAGAGCAGCCAGUGCCAGGAGCUCACCACAGAAAGCAACCUGUUGGAGUGCAUCCGGGCGUGCAAACCCGACCUCUCGGCGGAGACGCCAGUGUUUCCGGGGAACGGCGACGAGCAGCCGCUGACCGAGAACCCCCGGAAGUACGUCAUGGGCCACUUCCGCUGGGACCGCUUCGGCCGCCGGAACAGCAGCGGCGGCGGCGCGAGCCAGAAGCGUGAGGAGGAGGUCGCGUUCCGCGGCGAUGGCGCCGCGCCGGGCCCGCACGAGGGCAAGCGCUCCUACUCCAUGGAGCACUUCCGCUGGGGCAAGCCGGUGGGCAAGAAGCGGCGCCCGGUGAAGGUGUACCCGAACGGCGCGGAGGACGAGUCGGCCGAGGCCUUUCCGCUCGAGUUCAAGAGGGAGCUGUCCGGGGAGCGGCCCGCGGCGGCGCCCGGCCGCGACGACCUGGACUUCGGCCUGGUGGCUGAGGCUGAGGCCGAGGCCGAGGCGGCAGCGGCCGAGAAGAAGGACGACGGGCCCUACCGCAUGGAGCACUUCCGCUGGGGCACCCCGCGCAAGGACAAGCGCUAUGGCGGCUUCAUGAGCUCGGAGAAGAGCCAGACGCCGCUGGUGACGCUGUUCAAGAACGCCAUCAUCAAGAACGCCCACAAGAAGGGCCAGUGAGGCGAGGGCAUCCCGCCGGCCGGCCGGCUGAGGGGAAGCCGUCCCCGCAGCUCCUGCCCCCCAGCCCUCCCGCGCCUUCUGGUCACUGAAGCUGUCUGUAGUUAGGAAAUAAAGCCUGUCAAAUUUC